UAAAACAGCGACUGCUGUACAGGCGGAGACCAGUUAAAAUGACUAUCAGCAUUGUGACAUUCUUAGUGUUACUGUACGGUGUUACAGUUUGCCUGGGACAGUGUGAUCCUUCGCCAACUACCGCAAGCGGAUGGAUGGCCCCCGAGGGACCAUACUGUUCCGGUCAGUUGAUAUUCGAGGAUAAUUUUGACACACUCGAUAGAUCUGUCUGGCAGCACGAGAACUCGCUCGGAGGUGGAGGGAAUAACGAGUUUCAAUGGUAUUCCGGAAGCGAUCGCAACUCGUACGUCAAGGACGGAAACCUUGUCCUGAGACCAACGCUCACUGCCGACGAAUUUGGUGAAGAAUUUCUUUCCACUGGUACGGUCGAUAUACGUGAGGGAGACGAUUUCGACAGAUGUACAGAUGAAGGCCCGUGGGCUGAAGAAAUACGAGGAUGUUACCGACAGGGUAGUCCAGAAUACAUCCUAAAUCCGAUACGAAGUGCACGUCUUCGCACGCGCAAUUCAUUCGGGUUCAAGUUUGGAAAAGUGGAAAUUCGUGCUAAACUGCCUGCUGGGGAUUGGAUUUGGCCGGCACUGUGGAUGAUGCCGAAGGAUGACUUCUACGGAUACUGGCCCAGAUCUGGUGAAAUUGAUGUCAUGGAAUCCCGCGGUAACCGAGAUCUGUCGAUGAAUGGGGAACACAUUGGAGUAAACAAAGCGUCCGCGUGUUUGCACUUCGGAAGCAGCACUGAUUAUCGGAGCCAAAUCUGUGAAUCCGAGCACCGAGAUGGACGGCAUACAUUCUUCUACAACUAUCAACUCAUUUGGACAGAAAGUGCUAUCCAAUUUGCGGUUAACGAUCAGGUUUAUCUAACCAUCACUCCAGAUGAAGGAUUUUGGAAGCUUGGAGGAUUCACGUUUAACCCGUGGCCCGAAGGUACUCUGAUGGCGCCCUUCGAUAAGGAGUUCUUUCUUUUGUUAAAUGUCGCAGUAGGCGGAGACUACUUCCCGGAUGGUGCUUCAAAUCCCCACCCGAAACCGUGGUAUUAUGGAGAGUCAACCGCAAUGACCAGUUUCUGGAAUGCUCGCGGCAACUGGUACAGCACCUGGGGUGAAGAGGCGGCUAUGGAAAUAGAUUAUGUACGAGUCUGGGCACUGUGAUUACUAUUUGUUAUAAAUAUUUGAAUCGAGUUUUCCGCUGCAUUUUUUUUUAAUAAAUACACAUUAUGGUAAGAUGCAAUAUCAUAAUGUUAUAUGUGUCAUAACAACACGAGAA